GCUCAAGAAGUACUGUUGUUGUUCGGUCUUGAUCGGAUCGUGUUCCAGCGUUUUGCGUCACACAGAUCGCGUUGUGUUUCUGUUCGCUGUGCAAGUCAUUGGGCGGAUGAACACGGAUCCUAUCUGUCUGCUUUUUGGGUAGGAUCGCUCGGUGCCCUCGGGGAUAUGUGCAAUCGGAGCUUUUUGGCUCGCUGAGUGAAAAAGUUUUUAAUAAAAUUUUGCCAUUCGAAACCUCUGCUAGAAAAAAAAGAAGAAGGUUCAGUGAUAGAUUGGCUUACGAAGAAGCGCUGAGAGAUUGUAGCGCGUUGGAAAAGCAUAGUGACCGACUGAGUGUGACUGCACUCAAAGAGGAUGUUGAUUCGUGCUGGCAAUAAUCGGCCGUCACAGUGGAAGAGGAGUCGGCGUAGUGCGCAAACAAAAUCACCGAAGAGAGAAGAGUACAGUAAAGUGUAGUGUAAAUAUUUUUGUUGAAUAUUUUCAUCCUACCGACGUAUCAAUUGAAUGCUAAUAUAGCGAAGUGCUUCGACUACUACUAAUAUGUACGUGCACAUGGUGUGAAACGAGUGCGAAUUCAGACUGAGAAUGAUCUGCUGACGUCACAAGUCAUAAGCAUUCGUGGCAAAGUUUGGAAUCCAACGGAUCGACGUAAUCACGAGUCGAGUCGAUACAGAGAGGAAGCCGCUACGAAAGCGCACAUCAGACAACAAAAACAUCUCGAGCCACCCAUCGUGGUAACAAAACACUUGGAGAGCUGAGAGAUCGAUUAGGUCGUCAUCUGAUUUCCCCACCUCAGUCCUACCGACCGACCGAUCGACUGACUGCUACAUACCUGUUCGAGCUUAGUCAGCGCCAUCGUUCGAAGCCCCCUUCUAUCAAACGAGCGACCGCGCGAGAGUUAGUGGCGAACGAAAGGUAUACCUUCCAGUUCCCAUCAUCAGUGGCAGCAGGUUCAACGGCUCCGGAUCUGCUGACAGACUUGGUGGCGAAACGCCGCAAAGAGAAGGGUCCGCGCGCACUCAGGACAGGACUGGGGAAACGCGAAAACCGGUUGGAUCGUCUCCGUGUGUUGCGCUCUGUGAUCACUGCCCGCUUCGUCUUUCCAACCCUUACCGAUUCCGCCCGGCCAACAAUAGUCCUCCCUACCCCACUCGGCCCGAACGCGCAUCCAGGUGGGGCUGGUGAGAUCGUUUCGCCGUUCAUUCAAACGAGGGCGGCAUCCAGGCAGCAGUGAAUGGGCCAUUUACGAAGCGGAUCUUGCACACUGCGAUAAAUAACAGAAUUUAGCGACUGAAAUCGAGACUUAGAAAGUUCCUAUUUUAACGACAAAAUUAGACGGUGAUAUUUAGCUCAAAAAAGACGGCUGGAAAAUGCUCAUCACAAGCAACUAUAGUCAGAAGCAAUACCUAGACUCGUUAUGUGUAACCGAAGCGGAGGACUCCAGCUACGACAGUGACUGCGAAGGAGAUGAUUUGUCCCAUCAGCAAGUGUCACGAACAACCAGUGACACUCUGGGACAAGAAUUUGCCGAGUAUGUCUGUCAAUCGGACCAUCAGCUUCAAUUAUUCCAGGAUAGAUCAUCCGGCUACACGCAGCGGGUGGAAUUUGCUUUAAAGUUGGGCUACACUGAAAGGCUCGUUCAGGCAGCUCUACAACGGUUAGGACCGAAUCCUGCCCAGAAUGAGCUGCUGGCCGAACUGAUCAAGUUGGGCUCCCAGCCCGGUGUUAAAGGUGCUAGUGAGUUUGCGGUAGAUAGUGGCCUAAGUGAUCCACUGCUGGCGGGAUCAGCCGAGUAUGGCGCACCGAGUUUGAUGCUGCCCGGAACGGGGGGCGGUUUAGUGAUUGGCGCCAGUGCCAGUGCCAGUGAAGAAUCUCUUCGUCCAAUAGUGAUAGAUGGUAGCAACGUGGCGAUGAGUCACGGAAAUAAGGAGGUGUUUUCCUGUCGAGGGAUUCGGUUAUGUGUAGAUUGGUUCAAAAAUCGUGGCCAUAAAGAUAUUACAGUUUUCGUCCCGAAAUGGCGCAAGGAAAGUGCCAGACCGGACAAUCCGGUUAAAGACGGGGAGAUUCUAAACGAGCUGGAGAAGGAGCGAAUGCUGGUGUUCACACCUUCCAGACUGGUCGGCGGUAAGCGGAUGGUGUGCUACGACGACAGGUAUAUUUUAAUGCUCGCUGCCGAGAACGACGGCAUCGUGGUAUCUAACGAUAACUAUCGUGAUCUAGUGCAGGAGAGCUCCGAGUUCAAGAAGGUGGUCGAAGAACGCGUGCUGAUGUAUUCAUUCGUCAAUGACCGAUUCAUGCCGCCAGACGACCCGCUUGGUCGUUCCGGACCAACGCUGGACAACUUUUUACGCAUCCAACCCCGCAAAGGUGAUCCUCCACCGCCCUGCCCAUAUGGCAAAAAGUGCACUUAUGGGAACAAGUGUAAGUUUUAUCAUCCCGAGAGGGGCAGUAUGCCGCACAAAUCGGUAACGGAACGGCUAUCGGAACACGCGGCCCGCCAUUUACAGGCCAGAAGUGGUGCAGGUGUAGGGGAAUCCAUCAGUAGCAACGUUGGCAGCCGAAGUGUGCUCCAAGGAAAAUCCCUCAGCGUACCCCUGUCGAACAGCAGUAGUGAAACUAGUCCAACUAAUGACAAACGAAAAGCAUUAUGUCGCACAAGAUCCAAUGUACCUCCGGACAGUAGCAGCACCAGUAGUAAUUUAUUCAACAUUAAUCUGGGCGAUCAGAUGCAGCAGUCGCAGCCGCUGCAUUCCCAGCAGCAUACGUACAUGCCAACGCCAAACCGAUCCAACUGGGACCAUUCACCUCUUCCGCUGCCCCACAACUUAGUCGAUUCGCAAUUAUUUCCCAAAUCUCAUAGCAUAGAAAAUAUCUCUAAAGAAACAUACAGCCAGCAUCAUCAUUCGAAUAGUUACAGUGCAUCACUGUGGAAUCGCCAGCAGCAACAGCAGCAGCAGCAGCAACAGCAACAAGUCUCAACAUCACAAUCGCAGCAGCAACCAGCUGAUCAAUGUGAUCCAAGUGUAAACUUGCACCGUAAGCUGCAGCGACAGCUGACGCUUAACCCGGCGGGAUGUGAUCCUCGAAUCUAUCAGUUGCAGCGCAAUAAUGCAGCUCUUACGGGGCAGCAGCAACCUCAGCAUCAUUCUACGGUACAACUAUCGCCUCAUAGACCUCUGGCACCUUCGCUCAGCGGAGGGGCUCGGCCAAACCCCGCAGCGCAAUGGGAUUUACAUCAGAAUGUAACUCGCAUAGCUUCGGCCCCAGAUCCGUCCCGUCCGUGGCAUACUGGCCCACCACCAGCAUCUUCUUCGGAGCCACAUAUCAAUCUUUGGCCCCCACCUCCCACACCUCAACAGCAACCGGUAGGACAGGCUGUCUCUGGGAGUGUUUUGAGUCAGCCGGCGCCGCCAGUAGGUCCGGCGCAAACACAUCAGCAAUUACAAGACCAGCGUUGCCGGUUGCAUUACCACUUGGCCAGCAUUUUUCCCGAGGAACGGGUCCAGACAGUGAUGCAAAUGUACCCAGAUGAAACCAAUCCACAGAAGAUUUGCGCCGCCAUUCUGGCCAUGUUUCCCAAAAUGUAAAAUUUUAAUGUUCCCCUUUGCGUAAGAACGAAACCUCUCGCCUGAAUGUGGAGGUAAAAAUCACUACUCAAAAGGUAUGUUGGUACACUGUUAUUUUUUUAUCGGUUAAACGAUGCAACAUCGUUCCCUCGUAGACGACGAUAAGUCCUCCUAGAGGACAUCCAAUAUCUGUUUUCUGUACUUUUAAGACGAAAUACUCAGCCAGUGUUAUUGAAGAGACAGAGAAACAGGAAACAAAACUCUAAUAUUUUAGGUGCCAAAAGUCUAAUUCCUCUUUUAAGUAGAUCGAAUGAAAGGGUAAAGGAUAACAAACGAAAAAAAAUAUCGUUCAAAUUAUCGCUUCCAAUCGUUGAGAGAAUUCCAAUUUUAUAAUCAAACACUUAACCCUAUUUAAAUCGUGAACAAAACUCUUACUAUAAGCAUCAAGAAGAUUCAAUCUCAAGCUUUGCUCUUUAGCACAAUUAUCUGUUUACGCGGUAGCAUUUUUGAUUUUUGCAUACCUACCAUUUUAAAUAGUUAUAUUUCUUACAUACAUCCACUUCUUCUAGGAGCUAUUUAAUCGUUAAAUGUUAGUUCUGUUUUUCUGUUGACUAUAUAUAAAUUAACUAAAAAAAGAUAUAACAAAGCGUCUGCUGCAUCUUUCUUCUCAUUUCACUGUUCUACAUCUUGGAAAUUUUCAACAUUACAACUUUGAGCACAUACUGAAAGGUAUUAGUCUAGAAUCAGAGCACGAUAAUCGCGACCAUCUUGAUUGCGUGGAUCGAACUUGGAGUAAAGGUAAAAGCAGCGUGUACAAAGUGAUUGUUGCCCGUACAGAACGCAAGCAGCAGUAGCCAGAGGAGCCGUAAAAAUCAAACACUGAGAGAUUCAUCAGGAAAUUUCGUGUAACUUCAUAUUGAAGCACCUUUCGGUUGCAUAACGUGCAUGAGCUGUCACGAUCGGCGGCAGCUCGAUCGUGUACAAUUUUUGUAGCUCCCAUAGCAGGGCAGUCCUAAUCAGUAUUGUUCGAUGGUUUGGAAAGUUUCGAUAACGUAAGCUACUGUUUAACCUUUUCUUGUUACGGGUGUUUGUCCGUCAUCUCAGAACAGACGGAAACGAUGAGUCUUUCUCGGCCGAAGUCGAAGGCUGGUUGGCAAGAAACUAAAAAAGAUUGAACAAAAAUACAAUUUCAUGGUAUAUUAGAAGGAAACGGAUAUGAAGACAGUAAACAGUAACAUUUUACUCUCCGUUAGGUCCGUUUUUAUUGUUAAACAAAGAUAAAGUAACGGGAUUAGACAGGAUAUGCCGGAAGGUAUAGAUAAUAAAUGGAACAGAAACAAAUGUCAUUCAGAAAAUGUUGAAAAGCGUAAAAGAUAAACAGACAAAAUCCACAUGCUAUGCAUAUAAAACGUAAAAUGUGUAAAACUGAAACAUUAUCAUGAGAAUAUUGAGAACGAGAGAAAGAUGAAUUUAAAAAAUACAUAAGUAGAUAUUCAUUUCAAA